UCUCAGGCUGUUUGUGAGUUGCUAGUGUGCUGACCCUGUAAGUGAGAGGUGUCUUGGUGAUCUUGAAGCGAUGAGGACUUCCAUUCCCUAUUUUGAGACAUCAGACUUUCCCCCUUGGGCACGGCCGAAGACCGGAAGAGGCAAGGUUUCUUGCAGGGGCUAAGACGACUCUGUGUGCCUUUUCCAAUGACCCUGGGCCUCAAAAGGUUGUUAGAAGUUUUGGAGGUUUGCUGUUGAUCCAGACAAGUAGCAGCCGAAAAUCUUCUGCUUUCUGAAGCGAACGGCACAUUUGAAAAAGGCACACACACACAUGGAUAAUUGAAUCUUGAACAAGUGAUGGCAAUUCUGCAGCAAUAAGCGGUGCUGGACGGCUUCGCUCCGUCUGGGCCUUCUCUUUGUCGCCACUCGCCGCCUGGGCUGUCAGCUUCCCAAAGUUAAUCAGCCCAAAAGGCUCAAAGGGGGCCCCUUUUUUCCGUUUCGCGCCAUGCAACAGAGGACAACCUUAAACUUGAACAGGGCGGUGCUACCUGAAGAUCAGGAGGCCUUCUUCAACCCAAAUGCUGUGCCACAGCAGUCCUCUGUCCUGUCGCCCAUGUCGGCCUACUUCGACGGGCCUCAGCAUCCUCCAUCAUUCUUCGGCGCCGCGCACGCCACGGGUCCCGCUCCGGUGAGCACCGCUGCCAGCAGUGCCGCGCCGGGCACGGGGGGCGCUGCCGCGUCGCCGGCGUCGUCGCCACAUCCCAAGCAGGUGAGGCCGCAGCAGGUUUGCCUGCAGGCGGGCUUAGCUGCUCCUUUCGUGCCCUAUCAGAGCAUGCCACCGGGUGUUGCGCUGCCUGUAAACCCGGGCCUGCAACCCAUGUGCAACCUCCCAGCCGGCGCACCAGCGCCCGCACCUGUGGCGCCGGCCAGUUCGGCGGGGACCGGUGGAAACCCGACGCUGCUGCAGAGCCGGCCAGCGCCGAAAAAAGAGGCGAAGGAGGAGACGAAGCGCGCAGCACAAGGACGCGCUCCGUGCCCCAUCGGUGUCUAUGUGGACCUCUCCUCCUUGCGACUUCGUGAAAAGAGCAAGUGAGAGGCGCACUGCUGGGGACUGAGCUGCGAAGUCAGAGUGAGCCGCGGCAGUGCUAGAGCGAAAUGCUGGCUAAGGCAAUCUUGGGCUGGACAAAGCAGCGAAAAUCAUGGCAUUUGACGGGUGAACAACCUGGGCUUUCGUUCAAAUCGUGUCUUUGGUUUUUAACUGC